AUGUCUGGGUAAGCUGUGUCUGGGUUUAUCUUCUAUAUUCUUUGCAGUGUUGGGGAUACAAUCAUUUCUGUGUAGAGAAUCUUAACUUCGGGAUCAAAAGAAUCUUUUUGAUUCAUAAUUUUUCAGAUUUGCACAGUCAUUAUGUCUUAUCACACUACCAUAGUGGGGGAAAUAUUGGGGAAUCCAAUGUUACUUAGAUAUUUCCAGAAGAGUAUUUUAUUCAUGUUAUCAAACGUUUCUGAAAGUGCUAUAUAAUGAUCAGACUACUAAUUUCAAAUUCCAGAAAAGGAGAUAUUGGCCUCAUUGGUCUGGCUGUAAUGGGCCAAAACCUGAUCCUCAACAUGGCUGACCAUGGCUUCACAGUUGUAGCUUUCAACAGAUCUGUUGAAAAGGUCCAUAACUUCCUCGCCAAUGAAGCCAAGGGCAAAAGCAUCAUUGGAGCUGAAUCUAUCCAAGAUUUGGUUUCGAAACUAAAGAGUCCCAGAAGGGUCAUGAUGUUGGUGAAAGCUGGAGAGGCUGUUGAUAACUUUAUAGGUCAGCUGGUGCCCCAUUUGGAGGCAGGAGAUAUCAUCAUUGAUGGGGGUAAUUCUGAGUACCAGGAUAGUGAGAGGAGAACCAAGGAAUUGGCUGUGAAGAAUAUCCGGUUUGUAGGGGCUGGUGUGUCAGGCGGGGAAGAGGGCGCCAGGUACGGCCCCAGCCUGAUGCCGGGCGGCAACAAGGAAGCGUGGCCUUUCAUCAAGGACAUCUUCCAGAGCAUCUCGGCCAAGGCCGAUGGGCAGCCUUGUUGCGACUGGGUGGGCAAUGACGGGGCCGGGCAUUUCGUCAAGAUGGUGCACAACGGCAUUGAGUACGGAGACAUGCAGCUCAUCGGCGAGGUUUACCAUUUGAUGAGUGCCAUUGGAGUUGAUCAAGAUGAAAUGGCAGACACUUUUGAACAGUGGAACAAGGGAGAAUUAGACAGUUUCCUGAUUGAAAUAACCAGAGACAUUCUGCGAUAUAAAGAUAAUGAUGGAAAACACCUCCUGCCCAAAAUCCGUGACACGGCGGGCCAAAAGGGCACCGGCAAAUGGACGGCCAUCUCGGCGCUCAAUUACGGCGUGCCCGUCACCCUAAUCGGGGAGGCGGUCUUCAGCCGGUGCCUUUCGGCCUUGAAGAGCGAGAGGGAGAUCGCCAGCAAGAGGCUGCCCGGGCCGACGAGCAAGUUCGGCGGAGACAAGAAGAAGUUCCUAGAUGACCUCAAGCAGGCGCUGUAUGCUGCCAAGAUCGUGUCUUAUGCGCAGGGAUUCAUGCUCCUACGAGAAGCUGCCAAGGUCCACAAUUGGGAGCUGGAUUACGGAGCGAUCGCUCUGAUGUGGAGGGGAGGCUGCAUCAUCAGAUCGGUCUUCCUCGGCGAAAUCAAGAAGGCCUUCGACAAAGAUCCCAACUUGAGCUCUCUCCUCUUGGACCCUUUCUUCUUGAAUGCCAUCACCAAGGCACAAUCCGGAUGGAGGAACGUAGUUUCCACUGCUGUCAAUAUUGGUAUCCCCACUCCCGCGUUAGCUACAGCGCUGGCUUUCUAUGACGGAUAUCGGUUGGAACGCUUGCCAGCAAACUUGCUGCAAGCCCAAAGAGACUACUUUGGGGCCCACACGUACGAACUGCUCGGACAAGAAGGCAAAUUCGUACACACCAACUGGACGGGCAAGGGUGGGAACGUGUCUGCUUCCACGUAUGACGCGUAGGGGUUCAGGGUUUUUGAAAUAUUUUAUAUUUUUUCAAUGUUAAAUACUAUAUGGAUGUGAAAAGUUUCUAUAAAAGUUGUUUCCAUUGCGAAUACAGUAUUGUUU